AUGAACGGUAAUCAAUCUCUAUCAUUAAAACGCCAUCGUACAAAUGGAAGUGAAUACCAAUGUGAUGAUAAUAUUAACCUUGUCGAUAAUGAUAAUGAAAAUUCUUAUCAACAACCAAAAACCUCAAAAUACAAAAGAAGAAAUAAUUACCUGAGAAAUAAUCAACCAUUAACAACCAACAGUCGAACAUACACAAAUUCCAAUUCCAAUAUAACCGACAAUAGGAAUUUUCAACAAGGUAAAAGUCAAACAAAUGAUAUCAACGACUCAAAAAAUAAACAUUAUGACAAUCGUGAAAAUCCUUUUCAUAUUUCCUAUCAAGCACUCACCUAUGCAGCAGCAACACAUCUGCAACGUAUCAAAUUAGAAUAUGUACCAAAAAUGAAUGAUCAAAAAGAAGCAGCUAAAUUUAUUCAACAUUUCUUCAAGUUUAUAGAAAAUAAUUUUUACUAA